CUGGUUAACUGUUGUUAAGUUCAGCGCCGUUAGGUGAAUGGAGUUGAGUGAAGUGCGAAGUGGUAAACAACACUUGGAAAUUUGGAAGUGAAAAAACUUGGGAGUUUACGCAUCAAUGUGGUUAUUUGGUAACGAUAAAGGUAAAGCGAUGCAGAGAGCAAGCUUUCAUGGAAGGGGGAGAGGUGGUAGGACUGGUAUUCAUCACUUGAAAUCUUUCUUUUUCAUAAUGGUCUAUUUAUCCAUCGAUCAAUUCCCUUUAUUCUUUAAUCGAUAUAUCCCAAGUCCAGACUCGAGUUUAGUAUUGACAGUUUAACAAGUUUGCAGACGUCCGCCUCCACUAGAGGGCAGCAGAGACGUCCACCUCCACUAGAGGGCAGCAGACGUCUGGCUUAAAAGCCCUGCUAUGGAGGAGAAGAAGAGAGUCCCUCAUCCACAAUCCUCAAUUUUCAUCUUUCUUGUCUGAUCUGUGAUGUUUCUUAUUUGACCAAGGGUCCAUUAGACACAUAUACGCGGAUUAACACGAGACAUUUGAGAUUUAUUUACAAUCAUUCGGUCCCUAGAAAGGUGGGUAAUUUCACAAAAUGUUAUACAAUCGUGUAGAAAUAUUAUAUUUAGUGUAACGUUAUAAUCUGACAUCCACAUACAAGGCUACCUGUACCGUGGAGUAUUAUUGAGGAAUAAACAUCUUAAUGACACAAAUAAUAAUAAUCUGGUGCGUUGAACCGCAACAAGCCAUCUCUUGAGUACAUUGUUUUGAAGUAAUAAACAUCUCAGGAUGAAUUAUCAUCGGAUUUUCUCUCAAAUGUCCCAAAGUUGCCUGCAUGAUGCAACAUUGCAUUGGAUAAUUAGUAAAAGAAGGAUAUACUAUGAAGUAGAUGAUGUGUAUCUAGACAAGAACCAACAAAGUCAUGCUUAAGUAUAAUUCUGUUACUGGAUGUAUAUUUGAUACUGCGGUAGCACUGCAUGUACAUCACCUGCCUUCAUAGCAUUCAUAUGAACUAAAGUCAUUGUUCACACUCACAGAUGUGUCCUUAGUUAACGUUACUGUUAUUCCAGCCGAUCACAGAGCACGACCCUCUGUUCACACUGCCACUAACAACGUUUUGUCCUACACAGAAACCAUGGCGAAUGCACAGUCAGCUUUAACGUUUGCUGUCUGUGUCUUUAUGAUAACCGAGUUGAUCCUUGCCAAAAAGGAUUACUAUGAUAUUCUCGGCGUGCCUAAAGAAGCCACUGAGCGUCAGAUAAAGAAGGCUUUCCACAAGCUCGCUAUGAGGUAUCACCCAGAUAAGAACAAGAGUCCAGAUGCUGAGAUGAAGUUCAGAGAGAUUGCUGAAGCCUAUGAAACCUUAUCAGAUGAGAAGAGGAGAAGAGAGUAUGACCAGGUUGGACAUAACGUAUACUUCAACAGAGAGACCCAGGGAAGAAAGAGGCAGAACGUCCACCAGCCUUUCAACUUCAACUUGGACGACAUGUUCAAGGACUUUGACAUCCACAGCCAGAACAGGCAUGCCCGGCAUCGGAGAAACUUUGAGGAGCACUUCAGGUCCCACCAGGAGCUCCACAGUAAACACAAGAGACAUGUCCAGGGGUCUUUUGGAGCGGGGGUCUUCGAUGACGUUUUUGAGGACAUGGAGAGAAUGUUCACCUUCAAAAAGCAAGCCAAGCAAAGUGACAGUGGGUUUCAGAGUGCGUCAAAACAGCAUUGUAGAACAGUGACCCAGAGAAGAGGAAAUAUGGUGACCACUUACACAGACUGUACUGGGUCUUAAUAUAGUGUAUCAAACUGAACUUUAUUGAUGAUUAACCUGUCUGAGGUUUGGUCGUCUGUCUGUUGACCAAAAACUGUUUCCUUCAGUUGCUGUAUAAUGUUUAACCUCAGAAUGGAGACAUGACACAUACACUGUAUACACAGUUGAAAUAUGCUCUUACAGAUGGUAUUUAACUGUUAGUAAAUGUUAUCUCCAUGUAUUUUAUAAGGACAGGUCAAGUAAGUUAUUUCGAUAUAUUUAAAAAAAGCUGAUGCUGGGAAAGCAUCUGUAAUGCAGCGGUGAUAGUAUUUUUGUGAGCACUUUUUAAUGGCUGGAUGUGAAAGCGAUCUUAAGAAAAGAGAUGAGCUUUAUGUUUCCAGAGAAAAACCCUGAUAUUGGUUGAAUACCUCCACUCACUACAGCUACCACUUCUAGUCAUUCUUUGUACAGUGUGUGUACUUUGUGUCCGGCAUUGUUUUCUAUUGUGUUCCUCUGCAGAAGGCAGAGGAACACAAGGCAGACAACAAUAGCCAAAAGUGCUAUUUUGCUUAUUAUUGUGCGCUGGGGAACAAUGUAAACAAAGGUCUGCUGCUCUGCAUGUUUGCCCUUUUCCUGUUGUUGACUGGUGUCUUUACCACUUAUUUUGAGUAAUUCGAUACUACAUUCAAUAUAUUUAAAAGAUGUGGUUUGAUUUUACUAUUUGGAAGCCAAGCUGACCUGUAGUUUCCAUCAGGUGGCCUUAUGGAAUCGUCACGCAGGACAAGCAUGUUUAACUGACGCCUAGUAACAAACAUGUCUAUAAUCCUAAUGUCUUGAAUAAUGUAUUGUAUAAUACAUAUAGCACUUUCAUUUCUGUAAAUAUAAUAUUCGAAUCUUGAAUGUAUGUUUUACAUUAUGAAUGUUUUGAAAAAUAAAAGGUUUCAAUUCAGAAUUCAAUUCUUUGAUAUUAUUUUGUGGCAGUGGAUCAUAGUAACAGACACAUAGAAUCCGAUUAUUUAGUCAAAACAAAGGUCAUGAGCGAUGAAGACUU